ACUCAUAUAUUUUAGCCAAUUGGAAAAAAUCUUAUCGACGUAAUCUUUAAAUGGAGCAGAUGGAGCAGCAGAAGGUGGAGACACCACGAAGCCGGAAUCAAGAUAUUAAUGCUGAUAUAGAUCUAGAUGCCGAUUUGGCAAUUUAUCCUAGGCCACAUCGCUCAGCUGGACCUCGGAAACUGCUGAGCAGUCGUGGAAGGAUUGUCCUGAAAUGGAGUUUUUGUCUUUUUGUUAUUGUUUUGCUAAUUUAUUUGAUGCCACGCGAUCGACAAACUCAAUACGUUAAACCAAUGAAUGAAUCCGUCAUACUACUUUGGAACGAAGAGACUCCAGUACGUGGAUGGAACCAUUAUCAAUGUCCUUGUAUUGUGACUGGCAUUCAGAAUUAUGCUACCUUGCCAAUAGAUGCUGUCAUCGUCAAUGCGGAUCGACCUUAUUCUCUGCUCGGACUUGAGAAGAUUAGACACACUGCGAAUUUUCUACUUGUGUUUGCUGCCAAAAAUCCAUUGAGUCUUGCCCAGAAUCCCCUGAUGCAGUAUAGUGAAUUUUAUUUCAAUUUUACCAUGACUUAUCGUUUGGAUUCGGAUUUACAUUGGUCAGAUUACUAUUUUUCAACUCGGCUUAAGUUGCAUCAACCGGUUAAGGAAUUUGUACAGCCAGAUAGAAACUUUAUGACAAAUAUGACAGAUCAUUUGGCAUCCAAGAUCCGCAAUCGACUGAAGUUGAAGCACCUUCUGGCGGUCUAUAUGUCCUACGAGGUCAACGAAUACACUGAGUCCCAAGGCAUCUACUUGGAGGAGCUGCGGAAACACAUGGAGCUUAACAUGAUUAAGAACUGCCACGAACUCAAUGAAUGCUUGCCCUACAAGUUUAUGUUGAUCUUUGAGCCCAGUUCCUGUCCGGAUUUUGUGCAUUCACAGGUCUACAUGGCAUUGACCAAUUUUGUGGUGCCCGUAGUAAUUAGUAAUGGUGAUAUUAGCCAACUUUUGCCACCUGGCUCAUAUAUCAGCGGCAAUGAUUUCUUAAUACCCGAAAGACUGGCACAGUAUUUAAUUAAGAUUGGCUCUCAAUCGCAUCUAUACGAACAAUUCUUCUGGUGGCAUUCCAAGUAUCUGCUCCAUCAAAUCAGGCAACCCUACUGCUCCCUCUGUAAGGAGCUGAAGAAGCCCCGACGAGAACGUAAACCCGAAGAGUUUCAGAAAUGGUGGACUCAAUACAAGUGUCCCCCUCCCAGCGAGCGUCUAACAUGGAACUUUUAAAUGUUUCUCAAAUUAUGAUUAAGUUUAUUUUAAUAUUCAUUUUUUUGCUGCUGUUAAAUACUUGUGAUUUUCAAAUUUAGUCAAAGUAACCAAAUGAUUUUAAGUUGUCGUUGUCUUUUAGGUAAAAGCCAU